CAUCACUCUUAUUUAUCAUUUCACAAUGUACAGAUCGGUCUGAAAAAGGCGGAAAUUUCUGCAAUCUGUCCCGAGAUAACUAAGUAUUCCAGUAUUCGCAUAAGGGCUAUGCGUGCAGCUAUCCGUGCUGAUGCCGCUGCACCACAGCGCCCUGCCCUCGCCAUUCGUCGAUCUCUGCAACGAGUGCCUACAGUCGACCAUGAACCAUCUGAAGCUGAAAAUGUCGCUAUUGUUGUUCUGCAACGAGAAGCCUGGAGCAGUGGCGGAACACUAUCUGUGGACGUCGCAAGGAAAGAUGGAGCAAACGGAGGACAGGGCCAGAGUCUUGACUACCGUUACCGCUCUCUGUAGUCCAUCCGGAAACUACACUACAAGCGAGCGUUUAACUCCAGAAGAGACAAGCCUGUUGUUUAACGACCCGUCCAGUGAGUGAGGGCACAUACAAAAUACACACAUUUAGACACUCAGAUAUUGCUGUUGUUGCUGUAGCCAGUCAGAAGCAGAUACAUAUGUACAUACAGACACACAUAUCUUCU